UUGCGCGACAAAUGGGGUUUACAAUAUUUUAUGUUCACCUUACAAAUUCACAUAGGGAGAAUCACAACUUACACGAAGUAGCAGAAAAAGAUACAACAUGGAGAACCUCAUUGUUGGCCCUGAGGAAGGGCUUUAAUGGCUUUGCUUUCCACGAGGCAAAAGUUAACUCCGCUCCAAAACAAGUUGUGCCAGUAGUUGUACAUUUCUCCCUGGCUUCUUUCUCAGCCUCUCUCUCUCUCUCUGUUCAUCUGUCCCUUUCUACAUGUUUAAAGGACUUUGCAGUGAGUAGAAGAUGAGCAGUAGAAUCUGAGGUCUGCCUCUCGCUCUGAAUACCAUCUCUCACGGGUUUCUCUUCGUUUCCGAGAUAGUCAUGGCAGAGGCAAUCUGUUUCUUCAAUAAGGAUCCUCUUUUAUUAAAGGCUUCUAAGAAGUCUCCAUUGUUAUCAAGGAUGGUAGUCUUAGUGUUUGCAAUGGUCUGUGGCGUUUAUAUCUACUCAGUCUGUCUAAAGCAGAUAAGCACCUACACCAAGACUAAAAUUAUCAACAUCCAAGUCAGUGAAAAUCCUUGCCAUGAGAACGCGGUCGAGCCAUCCGAAAUUCCUUAUGUCCAUUACCCAAAACCUGAAACUUUUAGCAGGGCAGAGUGUGAACAUAAUCCUGUACAGUUCUUUGCCAUCUUAUCGAUGCAGAGAUCAGGAAGUGGGUGGUUUGAAACCCUAUUAAAUAGUCAUGUUAAUGUAAGCUCCAAUGGGGAGAUAUUCUCUGUUAAGGAUAGGAGGAUAAAUAUUUCUUCAGUUGUACAGACUCUAGAUAAAGUUUACAACUUGGAUUGGUUCAGUAGUGCUUCCAAAAAUCAAUGCUCUGCAGCAGUUGGCUUCAAGUGGAUGCUUAAUCAGGGAUUGAUGGAGCACCAUAAAGAAAUAGCAGAGUACUUCAAUCAUAAGGGCGUUUCUGCAAUAUUUCUCUUCCGAAGAAAUUUAUUGCGUCGGAUGGUCUCAAUGCUUGCAAAUUCCUAUGAUCGAUACGCUAAGCAAUUGAAUGGAACUCACAAGUCACAUGUACAUACACACGAAGAGGCUAAUAUACUGUCAGUGUACAAGCCUUUGAUAAACUCCAGCUCAUUGAUAAAGGAUCUGAAGGAUAUGGAGGUCACGACAGCCCAAGUUUUGGAAUACUUCAACAGCACUCGGCACAUCAUUCUGUACUAUGAGGAUCUUAUGAUGAACCGCACUAAACUAAAAGAUGUUCAGGAGUUCCUAAAGCUUCCACUGAUGAAAUUGACAAGCCGACAAAUAAAAAUACACAAAGGGCCGUUGUCGGAUCACAUCAAGAACUGGGAGGAUGUUAACAAGACACUUGCUGGAACAGCUUAUGAGAGUUUUCUAUCUUCAGACUAUUAAACAAAGGUCCUCCGCUAACUCUUGGACUGGUGUAUACCAACUUAACUUAAUUCUUACACAAUAGGAAGCUGACAGGAGAAUGCAGGUCCUGGUUGAAAAUUUUCUGGUGUAGUUUUUUUUUUUUUUUUUUUUAAUGGUUGUUUCUUCCCAAAGCAUCAAUCAAUCCUCCGUUGACGAGCCUAUACCUUUUCCUUCAUUUUCUUAUUGGUCAUUUAGACACCAUGUAUAUGGAAGAUAAUCAAUGUGAAUGAUCAGCAAUUUUUUAGUGCAAA